AAUUUCUUCAAUAUUGUAAGUUCUUAAUUGUUUAAUAUGUUGGUCUGAGUGGCUAUAAAAUAUAUUAAAAGUUCCCUGGCACAAUCUAUUUAGUUGACACAUAGGGAAAACAUAACACAGUUUUGAGGUAAAUCUCGCUUCUGAAUUCUAUGGUCUACUUUUUCCAAGAUCUAAUGUCUAUUAUCUAUGUAUUUUUAUUUACUGUUGUCAUAGUGAUCAGUGAGCACCAAAGAAGGCAACAAAUAUACAAGUACUAAGUAAGUAAGUGGGAACUAUGCUGAAAUGUAAUAUAAAUAACGUAACACGAUAAUACAUAAAUGACGUUAUACUGUUAUUCGUAAUAUUGUGGUAAUGAAUUGUGGCAAAUAGAUGUAAAAUAUUCUAUUAAUGUGGUAUUGUAACAAUGUAUGAUUUUCUAAAAAAUAACAAGUCUUCUAAUAUAUAUUGGCUUAAGUAUCCUUUACAGCAUUUUAAUUUAACGUUAAAACUGAAAGCACAGGAAACUAUCACAUUACUUCCGAAAUUUGGAGAACAUUUAAAUCAAUCUAAUGAGGAAGAUGCACAAAAUGUAUUACAAUACCAGGAGUACAAUUUUCAGUGGCAAGAAAAAUUAUUUAGCCAGUAUCAGUUUACAAAAUUUGGUGAUAUUCAAAACUGUGUCUCUGAAAAGGACUUGGCAUUUCAUAGAUCAAUUCAUCAAUUCAAUAAAAAGCCCCAAAAAGUUUUUACUUAUGUAAAUAAAGAAUAUGCUUUUCCAUUGCCUUUUAAAUCAAAAGAUAAUGGCAUAGGAUUAUAUAGUUCUUGUAUUAAAAAGUUGAACUUAGAAAUUUUUUUGAACGACAAUUUUGGAAAAGGAGAAUCAAUGCAUAAUUUGUUUAAAAGUGAAGAUGAUGUAGCCUUUGAGGAUGAAUGGAAGGCCAUGUAUAUUUUUUAUGAUAAUUCAAAUUAUGAUGAAGAUAACAACUUAAUAUUUCAAGAUGAGUGCCUUCUUAUAUCAGUAUACCACAAUACCAAGUAUAAUUAUAUAAUGAUAUCCCCAGAUGUUAAUAAUGAAUCUAAUCCAUAUGCUGUAGAAAGCUCCUCAGGAUAUUUGGAUUUUGAGUAUUUUAUAAAUGUAGACUUUGGCAAGAGUGGCUGUGGAGAGGAGUUCAAAGAUUUGCUUAAUAAAUUGUUAAAGAAGAUGGAAAAGAAACAAAAACAUUUGAUAAAAUUUGUUAUGCCUCCCCUUGAAACAAGGAAAUAUUACAUAUCAUUAGAAAUAGAAUCUGCUAAGGAUUUUGAUGGUGAUAUUUAUAUAGAAUAUCAUGUAAAGGUUCCGGAAAACAUUGACUCUGUAAGUCUACUCACAGGAAGGACACAUUUGAACAAAUGUCUAAUGAAUGAGGACAUACACAUGUGGGCUUUUGGACACAUUGUGGAUUUUGAAGUUGAAAGUGCUACUGGAAUAGAUCCCUUGCCACUUAGGAUAUUCUUUGAAGUUAUAUCAGUUGAUAGAUGGGGGCGACACAGGACUGAGGGAUAUACCUAUUUUCCUCUGGCAUUAAUACCAGGGUUUUGUAAAAAACAAUUGUCCUGUACUAGGCCAGAGGAAUUGAACGAGAUAGAUGCUGAAAGCCGACGUUUUUUUGUUGGGGGCUAUCAUUUGAUUGAAGAUUUGGAAAUGCUAGUCAAACCUCAGCUUUAUGCGACAAACUUCAGAUUCGUAUCCACGGGUAGUAUAGCAGUUCACUGGACUGUUAUAUCUCAUUCGCAUUCCCCUGGCUGCCAUUCCUCUGAAAAUCAGUCCCCUGUGCCUCAUACCUCAUGCUCUGAACUGAUACAGGGGGCUGACGCAGUUUUAAAGCAAUAUAAGCGGGCGAAAGAAACGCUGGCUGCCGCUACUAAAAGUUUAAUACGAGCUGUGGAUUCAGAAUGAAUGCCAAAAUGCAUUGGCGGAUCGGGCGAUCUUCAACGCCGCUGAGAGGGAACGCUGGAUCCCAAGGAGGCUGAGAGUUUGAACCCACCACCAUCAUUGAAUCACCCCAAGGUUCUUGGAAUAAAAUUGGCUUUUUUCAUUAGAACACUUUCUCGUGUAAGACAUAGUGAGGAAACCGCCGUGUCUUAGACCCAAACGCCGUUUGUCCUUACGAGGCAAAUCGCCUAACUUGUUAAUAAAACGUAUUUUUAUUGACAAGUAGGCGAACAAAUUUUCGUACGUCAUGCAUAUAUAUAUAGUACAUACGUUAUUAAAAAAUAUACGGGCUGAUUGCACCGCAUUAACUGAAGUACACUUUCUUCUGUCAACCAAAUUAGGUUUUGUUUUUGAAUGAGUGAAUUGUAACGUUAAAAUUUUCAGUCAUUAUAUUGAUCUCUUAUGUUGUAUAUUAGUUUUAAAAAGACAAUUUUUA